CUCGCUCCCGCCCUCCUCCUCAGCAUCAAGUGCAGCCGGAGCACAGUGUCCCGGCUGCGACUUUCUCUCAGCCUCUUUGAAGAAGCAAUGAGGAGAAGGGAGCCGUCGCCCUGCUGAUACCAAGACGUCUGGGAUGCAGUAACACAAGUUUGUUUUCUAGUGGGAUCAUAUUUGUAUAUUUCCAGGGAAAACAAACAAUACAUUGCGGAUUUGGCAUAUCCAUCAAUCGGAUGCAAGCAGAGCCAGGCCCAACUUAACAAUGGGCCCCAUACCCCUGUGUGUCCUGUUCCCUGUGACGGUGCUAGCUGUGGUGGUGGUUGUAGCUGCUGAGGAGAAUGCAGUCGACGACGAGUAUACCUGGCCCCACUGGAAGGUGCCUCUGGUAAGGAAAAGACGCACUGUGCCUCUCACCAGCCCAAACUUCUCAGCCCAUCGUCAGUUGGAGCUGAGUGGGACCUGUGGGAUUGAGUGUCAGCGUCGCCUCCCUGCCACCUCUCUGGACGACCUGGAGCAGUUCCUGUCCUAUGAGACGGUUUAUGAAAAUGGUACACGCACGCAUACCUCUAUUUCUGUGCAGGGCCUCAAUGAGCUGACUACCUGGUCCAGAAACAUCUCAUCUAGCUCCCGCCACAGACGAGAGGUGUAUGGCACAGAUACCCGCUUCACUAUCUCUGAUAAGCAGUUUUCCACCAAAUAUCCCUUCUCCACCUCUGUGAAGAUCUCCACAGGAUGCUCUGGGGUUCUUGUGUCACCUAAACACGUGCUGACAGCUGCCCACUGCAUCCAUGACGGGAAGGAUUAUCUAAAUGGGGUACAGAAGCUGCGUGUUGGUUUUCUGAAGGACAAGUCCAGACGAGGCAAAGGGAAAGGAGGGCGAGGGAGCAAAAGGAGAAAGGGUGACAAAGGUAAAGAGGAAGUGCAGGAGAUGGAGGAGAUGGAGGAGGAUGGUGGGAAAGGAGCCCGGAAAGGAAAAGGGAAAGGUAGAAAGAGCCGGAGUCGGCGAAGUGCGGAAUCUGAGAAACCUUCAUUCAGGUGGACCAGGGUCAAGAAGAUCCAGGUGCCUAAGGGCUGGUUCAAAGGUGUGUCUGAUGGACUGGCUGCGGAUUAUGACUACGCUGUUCUGGAGCUGAAGAAAGCGCCAAAAGUCAAGCACAUGAAUCUGGGUGUUAUCCCCUCACUCAAGAAGCUCCCUGCUGGCAGGAUCCACUUCUCUGGCUUUGAUGAUGACCGGCCUGGCAACCUAGUGUACCGGUUCUGCUCUGUCUCUGAGGAGUCCGAUGAUUUGUUGUACCAAUACUGCGAUGCCAAACCAGGCUCCAGCGGCUCAGGGGUCUACAUCCGCCUCAAAGAACCUGGCAAGAAGAAGUGGAAGAGGAAGAUCAUCGGGGUUUUCUCUGGUCACCAGUGGGUGGACGUAAACGGGAAUGGGAUGCAGCAGGAUUACAACGUGGCGGUGAGGAUAACACCUCUUAAAUAUGCCCAGAUCUGCUUCUGGGUCCAUGGGGACUCAAGUGAGUGUCAGGUAGCCUAAGACAACACAGGAUCCCCCCUUAACCACCUACCUACCUACCUGCUCCCACCCCCCACCUAUUAUCACCAACCAGGGGCCCGACGACUGCCUCUCCUCUUCCUGUUACCUCCUGCUAUUCCAUCACACACACACACACACACACACACACACACACACACACACCCACAGCCAUACAGACUCUGUGUUGACAACAGGAACUGGUCAGCACAUCAAGAGAACUGUGGCUCUCCAGCUUUUUUAAUUUAUUUGCUUAAAAACAACUGAGAAAAAAAAGUGUAUUUUAUGUAUGUGCAGAUCAUUCAGAUCUGCAAUUUUGCUUUAAAUGUUGACCUUUUUUUUUUCUUUUUUAAAGAUUUGACCAUUUUGGAUACAAUGUUGGAAAGUGUGUACAUUCAAAUGUUUGUUAUCAAAGCCCCGGUACAUUCAACUUAUAUUCCAAGUAGGAUAUGUAUGGAGAAACUUGCAUUUUAAAGUGUUCUCUCCCACUGUAACGAUGAGCGCGUGCUUUGGCCUUGACAAAAGACCCAGGAGAAAUUAAUGUAACUUUUGUUCUGCGAAUGAACUAUAUUGAGAUAACUGUUUUUAUAAACAUUUUAAUUGAACGAGCUUCUGUUUUGCAUUUUGUAUAUCUAGAACUUUGACUUUGUUUGUUUUUUACAGCUACCUUUUUAAAAAAAAAACUAUUUUUCUGUCUAAAUAGAGAAAGGGUCCUCAUGGAUCCUGGAUAGAAAAUUUGUCACCAUCUUUUUUCUGUUCUUGCCCUGCAGUGAAAUGUGGUUUCAUUGUUGUGCACAUAAUUAUAUCGGUGCUUAUCCUGAAGACGUGGUGCUAAUUUAUAGAAAUGUAAACUUUUCUUUUUGGGAGGCGGCGGCUUCUCAGAAAUAUUUUGAUAGCCUAGUACUGUAACUAUACUGUAUUUAAUGUGAGGCUACAUAUUCGGGUUGUGUUUGGAUGGGACUGAACCAUUUCACAAUUUACUUGAGCCGUUUAGAUUUCUCUAAUUCUAAGGGUUAAACAAAAUUACAAAAGCAACAUUGUUAUAUAAUAACACAUUUAAAUCUGGGAUGUGAUAUUUUUUUCUUUUCAUGUUGUUUAUGUUCCAAAAAUUCAUCCGAGUAUCCUUUUGAAAACCAAAUACCUGAAAUUAAUGAUGCAGAUUGAGGACUACCAACCAUUAAACCAAGAUUAGUA